UUCCUUUUAUAUUUUUGACCUUCCUUAUAUAUUUUUGACCUUCCUCUUUCAGCGAUUUUUUUUUCCCCAUACUUGGACUGUCACGCUUCGCGCCACUCGUCACCUUUUCGUCACUCUGCGUUACCUACGGCGCCCCCACCUCCAACAUUGUCUGCGCCCUACAUCUUGCCGCGAAUUCUUGGCUGCACUACAUCCCCCUCUCGUCCUACUUCUCCGGCAUUCUUCUGCAAAAGCCUCUGCCACAGCUCAUCAACAAAAGUCUUGAAAACAACGACCAAAUCAGGAUGGCCAAUUCGCCACAUCUUCUGGGGUAUUCGAGGAUGGGAAUGGAGCUGACCAAGGGGGAGGUGGGUUGGAGAGAACAGUCUGAUUUUGGGACGGGGUUCGAAGGGGAGAGAGGUGCGUUCCUCUUCUUGUCCACGCGCGCCGGGGCUGCAGCUGAAGAUGGGAACGACAGGUAUAUUGCUCGGUCUUUGGCACCACAACGAAGUACUCGACCGCUCACCAGCCUAUCUCUCAUCGCCAAUAUUUUCUCCAACUUCGUCCACAUUCUCCUUUGCCACCUGUGGUACACAACCUCUGCGCUAUCUUCUAGCACCAUAAACACCAUUUUCAGCGUAUUUCGCUAUCCCAUCACCCGCAUUCUUCGUACUGUUCUCGCAUGGUCGGCCCACUUUUUGUUCCCAAAUGCUGGUGCUUUACUUAUCUCUGUAUCUACCCCAUGUUUACCCCGCUACGUACUGCAUCUAUUUACUCUGCGCAAUUCAAUAACUUUUGCACUCCUGGCCAUUACUUUCCUCGCGUUUGCAUGGUGUUUGUUUUGCCACCUGGCUUGCUGCAUCCACUGGUGCCCAUGUUGGGCUGGGAACUGUCGCCCCUCUCGAGCGCUUUCCUCCUCAUCCGUCACCCUCAAUAUGAGGUACACGAUGGGAUGCGAGAUGGAGGGAAUAUGGUUUUGGAGGCCAACACAAUCACUCACAUAGAUUUACUCUGUUGCAGAGAUUACACAGCAUCUGCACUUAUUUAUAUGCAACUCUGAUUUUCGGACUCGUUCUUGCCACGCGCGCAGCGCGAUGGCCCACUUUCGCACGUGA